GACAUUAUUCCUUUCGGCAACAACCCAAUAUUUCGCUGGCUUUUUGGAUGGAUGGUUCCUCCUAAAAUCUCACUGUUGAAGCUCACCCAGGGAGAGACCAUCAGACGGCUCUAUGAGCAGCACCACGUGGUCCAGGACAUGCUGGUGCCCAUGAAGGAUCUGCAGGCUGCCAUCACACGCUUCCACCAGGACAUUGAAGUUUACCCUCUGUGGUUGUGCCCCUUCCUGUUGCCACCAGGCAGAGGGAUGGUCCACCCCAAAGGUCAGGAGGAGGAGCUGUACGUGGAUAUCGGGGCUUACGGAGAGCCCAAAGUCAAACAUUUCGAAGCUAAAGCAUCAACGCGUCAGCUGGAGAAGUUUGUUAGAGAUGUGCACGGGUUCCAGAUGUUGUAUGCAGAUGUGUACAUGGACCGGGAGGAGUUUUGGGAGAUGUUUGAUGGACAGUUGUAUCACAAACUGAGAGAGGAACUAGGCUGUAAGGAGGCCUUCCCUGAGGUUUAUGACAAAAUCUGCAAAUCUGCCCGACACUGACCCGCAUCACUGGUACCUGACCUCAGCCCUGUGUCACAGACACACAGAGGUACUGUCUGCAAGUCAUGUUUGGUGGCUGCUUCUGGUUUUGGGAUGUUUUAACAAAUACAGAAAAACUGUUUUACACAAACACACAUCUCAGAGUUUUCUAAGGUUCAAUGAAGCUUUGCACACACUACUACAAGUUUGUGCUACUUUUGGUUUCUAUUGUAAUGCUUUUAAGCUGUGAAUGUAUUCUCUUUUUCCAUUUUCUCAUGUGUUGCCUGCCUUAAACCUGUGUGUGUUACUUGCACUUGGGAGCAAAAAACGUUUUGUUUUUUUAAUUUUUUAAAAGGUGUAUGCAAGGCCUUGUUGAACCAUCUUGUCUUCUGUAGUGUUCAUCACAGAUGUUUCCCAUAUUUCUCUGUACGCCUACUUUAAUAGAUCUGUGUUACCUACAGGUGCCAUUUAUAUAAUUAGUGACAUACAC